AUGCCGGUCCAUGGGCGCAUCGACUGGAUUCGCAGGCAGAUUGAUGCGGGUCGGCUGGCUCAUGUGUGCAUCAGCCAGGCGCGCGACCCGGCCAAGCUCAAAUAUAAGUUCAUGUCUGAGAGUGGAGAGAUCGCUGGCGUGGUGGGCACUUUCGAGGAUCCGACCAUGGUGAACUGGUCGCUGAAGGCCCAUUCGGACCUGAUAGGCCAGGCCAACGCUAUGGUGUUCGCGCUCGACCUCGACGGCCUCGUGACCGAGUGGAACGCUCAAGCGUGCCAGAUUAGCGGUUUGCCGAGAGAGGCGAUGCUGCGGCAGAGCCUGCAAGACAAGGUUCCCACCGAGGCCGGCGCGCUCCGACAGGCGCUGGCAGCCGCUAAGGACCCGACGGAAGGACGGGCGAGCCGUUCGUGUUGUGCUUCCCAGGCGACCAGCCCGUGUUGGUCGGUGCCUCGCUCCAGCGGAGUGCCACCGGUACCGUCGUCGGCGUGCUGUGUGUGGGCCACGUCCUCACCGAGCAGGUUGGCGCGUACCUGCCGGGCGGCGGGUCGCAGGCUGACGAAAGGGAUGGGCUCGCGAGCAUGA